AGAUUAAUUAGGCACAUAAAUAAAGAGGCUUUCUAUGAAAGACUAGCAGCAGACAACAUAAACGAUGUAUAUAAAUACCUGCAUGUUUUUAGCAGGUGUGUAUUUUAUGAUUUACUUACACCAUUACAGCUUUAUUAUCAAUGCUUACAAAGUACAGCACUGUAGGGUCAUUCAGUUAUUGAGUGCUUCAGUACUACUGCUUCAUGAAAAUUACUUCGAAAUUCUGCACUUCAGCGUGAAGACUUAAACAGAUUUUCUUAUUUUGUUAACAAAUGGAAACAUGCAAGUUGUUUUGAAUUCUGUAUUUGGGAAAAAAAAGCAGUCACUGCAAGGUGAUGCAGUAUAUUGUUUUUGGCCUAUUUUUCAUACCAGUAUGCUUGGCAUGAAACACCUUGUUGAUUUUUCAAAUAUUUUUCCACAAUCCUUUAUUUUCAAACAUGAAAUGGAUUAUGUAAGAAAACUUUGAUUCUUUUUAAUUAAAUAAACACUACACUCACACCAACAGUGUGCAUUCUCUGGUAUGCUCCCAACAUAUUCAUUCAUAAUCAUUUCAGCUGUAAAUAUGUUAGCAUGCUGAACAGAAUGACAGUACAAGAUAGUGUGAGCCAAUGUAAACAGUGCAAGCCAGUCAUAAUUAUGAGUAAAAACAUGUGAAAUCCAAAAUCCAGUUACAUCAAAGCACAAGCAAUGUGUCUCUUCAGGCUUCUCUCCUGUCAGAAAAGUGGUACCAGCAUUCACGUGCAAUAAAUGCUCGUUUUUGGGGGAUUUUUAGCAUUCUAAAGACAGCUAGAUCAAAGGCAGGGUUCUAUUAGACCUCUGAUUGGUAAUGAUUAUUUUGGAAAGAAUUGAAAUUGAGCUUACAGAAAAAGGAUCUUGAUCAACUUUUAUUAUCUUUUCAAAUAUGUAAAAUGAUUACAUUUUUUAACAGUUUUGAUAAUAGUUGUAUAGAUCGAGAGUUAAGCUGCUCAUCAAUUAAGUGUUGUUUCUCACUAGUCGACCCCUUUCUUUAUGAAGCAUAUUGUGACAUUCUCUAACAGUUAUAAAGAAGUGUGAACAUGGCUUUUAAUAAGGGUUAAAAAUGCUGUAUUUGUUAAAAAGCAAUAUCACUUACAGCUUGUGUUGCCAAAGGAAUGCAAGUUUACAAGAGUGGGGAAAAUUUUCUGCCUGCAUGUUGGAAAGAGCUACUUAUUACAAUCGCACUCAAAGUAGAGUAGAAGGUAAAAGCUGAUAGUAAAAAUAAACCAAAAGCAUCAGGUCUGAUUAAUGUACUAUUUGAGUAGCACACAUGACAAUUUGAUCCCAGCAGGAGUAUGACAUUAGAAGGACUGUUUCCUGCUAGAGGUGAUUUAACACUGUGGGCAAAAGGGGGAUUGAAAAAUAUGAACAAGCAAAAAGACCUCGACGACCAACCCUGUGAACAGGUGUCUCAGAUAGUGUCACGAGAUCGGAACCAAGGACCUCUUAGUUAACCGCAGUAGCAAGUGUUUAUAUAACUAGUGCACUGUCGAGGCACUCCGUGAUCGAGUGUUGUACCUAUAGUUAGCUGCCCUUAUUUCAGUUUUGAUUUAAUACUUUUAAAACUUGCUCUGACAGUGAUUUCUUUGCUGCUGAAAAUAGCGUUUGUUGGACGAGGCAAAUCCAGUGACCUCAAGUGACAACAAUGGAUCAUUCGCUCUUUGUAUUUCGAGGUUCACGGCAACCAAGAUACUUGAAACUCAUUGUUGUAAACACUCUAUGUAUCUCGAGGGGAGACAUUCGAACAGAUUUAAUUUAGUUAGUUUAUUCCUUGUUACUCCGCCGGAACACCACCUCGCCCGCGGACCCGGUAUAGGGCAGUUGGGUCCAAGUGGUUCCGAUGUCCUUUGCCUCGCUCUCUACUGUUCUUUUCCAAGUCUGCUUUGGUCUCCCAACUCUCGAUCUCUUCCCCUGAGGGUUCCAGUCAAGUGCCUGCCUGUCAAUGGUGUCAGCUGGUGUGCGCAGGGUAUCCUACUCAGCCCCAUUUGCGCUUUUGAUGUCUUGGCUAGCUGGUUUUUCGAAAAGAUUUAUAUAAAUGAUAUUCCUCGAUCCGACUAAUUGUUUGUCGACCGCAAGCUGAUCAAACGCAAGCUCUCAAAAAAUCGCUCAGUUAUAAGUGCUUAUCGAUCAAGCCAACUUUUGAUAUUUUUUAUACAUUAUUUCCCCCAAUAACGUAUGGGAGAGACUUGCUGCUUUUAUGUUAUCGGUAUGAGCUCAGACUAGAUUUUUUUUCCAUUCCGAAAUAACGGCAGUUCCUACACUCAAAUGAAACUGUAGUAGAAUUUCAGAUUGAUCAAUAUUAACAUGCUUUUAUGGCAGAUUCAACAUCAAGGUAAUGUCUACUUUUCCAUUUUACGAUUUUUGUCUUUAUAUUGUGUUAUUCAGACCCAAAAUAUGAUUGGUGUUUGGAAACCUGUGAUAAUAUUUGUAAUUGUUUUAUAAAUUUCCAAUUCUGUUUCGCAAAAAGUUACACUAAGCUCAACGUAAUACACAGUUUGCAGCAGUGAUACUAUUGCCUAUUGCUUAUAAAAAAUUUUUAUAUUUAAAAACAUUAUAAAGCGCUAUAAAUCUUUUCUGAGUUAUUAGUAUCAUAUUUAUACUUGUGUUGAGACACACAGGCACAAAAACAUAGCUUCCCACCCCCACUGCUGCUUUUCGGUUGUUGGGGGAAUGGUGAGCUGCGUUCAUCUUCUAACGGAGAGGUUACUAGCGGCUAACAUUGAGCGCCUUCCAUGACUAAUACGAAACCCUCCGGCAGUUUCAACAAAGAUAACAGAAAGAAAACAAAUGUAUCAGCUGGGAGCUACAUAAGGAGUUCAUGGCAAUAUCAUGCAGCGAACCUUGCCAAGUCUCCAUGUUGUGUGACGUGUUACAACAGCGUGGCUACGCACUAACGAACCCAGUGUCGUGAUGCUUACCGACCUGCUACGUCACAGUUUAACUGUUAAAGGUCUACUGCAACGCACAACUUUUUUAAUGACUAGACAGAGCUAAAUAAAAGAUACUAUUUCUCCAAACCUGCGUGAAUAUUCCCUUUCCCUUCUCGAAACACGUACCAGCCUACAAACCCGGGGUCCUACUGGCUCGCAACAGCCCUGGGUUCAGACCUACACCUUGGAAAGCCGUUGUGUCGUCUGUAACAACGCAGAAUACAUCAAGAGACACUCGGGGCAACGGAGCUGAAAUCGUCAGAAGACUGCUGGUAUCGAUACAAUCACAAAGCAGAGGAAAACUGCGUGAAAAUUUUAAAGCAAAGGCAUGACUGUGUGAUCUUCAAAAUAUUCAAAAACCGUUUGGCAGAAAAAGAUCGGCACUGGAUGGAAAAUACGAAAGUCGCAGAAGAAAAAAGUCAAACUGUCCUGCACAGCAACGACGCAACGAAAAAAAUCACCAGUCUACACAACAGACACCAAAAACAUGAUAUAAUAAUAAAAAUAGGAAAAUUGCGGAGAGCCACCGCCCUCAGCGCCGGCUGCCAUUCGAUUUUGAGGGAGGGAGAACAUGGGCGCCGGAUGUCUAUCAGCAUAGGUCACUGGGCAGGUGACAGGUUUGCUGCACUUUAGUAAUUAAGGGGAGAUGUGCAUCAAAGGACCAGUUGCUUGGGCAGGAUCGGUAAGGUGACCUCAGGUGACUAAGGGAUGCUACAUUGUUCUGUAAUCUCAGGCCUCGGUGUAACAGGAAGGAGAUGCGAGAUGAAGUCUCAACACCAUUCACUGAAUGUCUCAAGUCUUUGUGUGAGGGAGAAGCCAUCGACAAGCAACAAAGAUGAACGGUCCGUGCAUCACCAGCUCCUCAGGGAGAGAGACCUCCUUGCAGCAAUUCCAUGUCAAAGCUAAGUAACGAAUGAUUGCGUAAACAAGUGAAGCGUGUCAGUGCAUGUAUGUUACGGUUGGGUGGUUUGGACUCCUGUCUUAUUUGGAUUAGAGGAAAGAUAUAAAUGGGACGCCCUAGAUCAUUAGUCAGGAAUUUAUAUAUCCAUUUCUUUAAUUAUCGAUGCUUAUAGCGUGUUUAUAUUUAUUUAAGCUCUCAGUUUAUUAAUAACUAUUUAUACACUAAAUUGUGUUGUUGUUGGGGAAGUACACCGGGAGAUCGAAGCUAAGGGAUCAUAUUUUCAUCUGUCUGCAGUAAAAGUUUAUUGCGUACAGACACACAUCGGGGGAGUGUUGUUGUCGUGAAUGUUGUUAGCAAGAACUGGUGAACUUAACUACAAUCCUCCGUCCAUCACACGUGCUUGUUCUCCAAGGUUCGAUGCUUGGUGAUGUUUGUAGAUGUCUAUCUCGAGAACAGAAAGUUUCGCCCACGCUGGGAGAAAUAGAAGCUUAGUACCUUAGUACUGAAUCCAGUGAUUACAAACAAGCUUUUUCACUGUUCUACACUUUUACUUCGCCAUAGUGAUGCUGAGAGAGCUCGAGGGUUGGGUGAGAGAGUAUGUCUGUGUGUGAGUGUGCUUGUCUUUGCACGUGUGUGUGGUUAUGUGUUCGUUCACGUGCAUUUUAUAUGUACAUAAUAUUUAUGUGUGUUGUAAUAACAAUAACAACAACAACAAUAAUAAUAAUACGUUAUGCUAAGUUAAGUGCACACACAGAGUAUUUCUGGAAGAUAUGAGCCAUAUUUGUUGAGUUUCUUAUGUCUAGGUAAACACUAUUUUGCCCUUGUUAUGGUUGCUACACAUUAUACUCUGUGAUAUAUUUCCUGCCAUUUACUCCGUUAAUUUUCUCGACCAUUAAGGCAACUGCUGUUCCACUUAUCUCUGUGUGAACCGGACUGACAGCCGUGUGGUCUGCAAUCUCACAUUUCUGAAACCAUUACCAUUGAUUUAGAGUUUAGAGUUCGUGGGGACGAUCGCUCCUCCAUCUUUUCCGCUGCAUGCACUACUUCACUCACUGUUUCCGCUCGCACUGUCUGCCACUCGUUUUUCUUUCUGAUCCGGCAUGAUUCGUGUGCAAGGUUUUCUUAUUUUUACGGCCUUUGAUGUGUUUCGAUCUAUCUGUUUGUUUGCCGACAUGUUCUGGCCUGUGUCUGUACGCGUGUCAUGUGAAUUUGGUGUUUGUCUUUCUUUUUAAAGCGAAUUGAGCCUUCUGUUAAAUAUGCGUGAUAUAAAUUCCCUUUAUUAUAUGGAAUUCCAAUCUCUGUAUCAAAAUACUUCAAAAUGUCACUCACCAAAGCUGCCAGAUGUGAGAACGUUGGUUCCUCCAACACCAAGGUGUCCAGAAUGAUACCUGUACAUACAUACAUAACGGAUGAGGGCGGCUUGUGGUGGUGAUCUCUGUGUGAAAGUGUAAACCACAGCACAUACCGUUGUAAGAUUUGACCACACAUGAUCGUUAUAGGAUUUCAACCUCAGGUUAUUCAUUUUACCUGGCCGACAGGUGUUUAAUAAAGAAGACAGGGGCUGCCGUAAUGCUCAAGGGCAAAAUUUACCUGAGCAAAAGUCGUGGCGACAGUAUUGAGCGACACCGCAAAGUUCAUAAAUAAUCACGAAGCAUGGCAUGUACAAAACACAAUUGAUGGGGUAGCAGAUCGUAGUGAAAACGAGGCUGUCCUGAGAAGAGUUGAACUAUUCAGUCACACGAACGAAAGAAGGAGGGGAGUGUUUCUUUGUCCGCUGCUCUUGUGAUGUCCCGGGAACACUCUUCUGAAGGAUGUACAAGUGACAUUACUUUAAAAGUCACUCGAAGUCGACUGACAUCAGUGCAGGACGAACUGGCGACUUUAAUAGUGACCAGCAGGUGUUGCCAGUCAGGUGUUGCCAUUAAAUGUUGCACAUGUAAGAUUCCUUUUUCAAAGCCAGAACAACUUACACUCAGACAAUUUUACAUCCUUUUGCUCCAUGUGUCCGUCCACCUUAUCCUUUCUGGCUCCCUCUCAGUGUUGACAGCUUUGUACAUGCGUCCAAAUUUUAAUUUCACCUGGAGAGACAUGUCUAAACAGAUAGCCCUCCGUCAUCUGAUCUUCCUGGCGGUGAUGUGUUCCUUGGUGUCCAUCCUCUUCUCCCUGUUCUAUCUUCACAGCCCUGUGCAUCCUGUCAGCCACCAAUCGUCUUUCAUAGAGAGGAAGUCAGCCAUCAGAGGAACCCCCGACACACCUGACAUGCAGGUGAUCAAAAGCGCCGACAGGGCUGACAAGUGGCGAGGCAUUCGAUGGUGGGACUUGCUGAAAGGCGGCACCAGGCCCUCGUGCGGACCGGAGGCCAAACCCCGGGUGUUUUGUGUCCGAUCCAUUGGUCGCCUUGGCAACUCUCUCUUCAGCUACGCGUCCAGCCUGGGAGUGGCCAUGCUGGUCAACGCAAGCCUGUUGCUGUGGCCGGAGUAUGUGGGUCUGCUCCCGCAUCUGUCGUUGCGGGGUGGCAUCGACAACAACCUGACGGUGUGUCGGCGGGCUCUGGUCCGACCAGAGCGGACUUGCUGCAUCUUCCAGAAGACCCUGGUACAGGCGGGACGCACCUGCGGACGCGUGCAGCAGCUGGGCGGCUACCUGCAGUCCUGGCGCUACUUCCAGCACGCGCAACAGGAAGUUCGAAAGGACUUCCAAUUCCGAGGGAUAGUCUUGAGUUCAGCCCAGCUCAUAAUCGGGAGAAUCCGAAGAUUCAACUCUUUCUUGGAUCACGAGGACCAUCACCGGGGCGACAAACGCCUCGCAUUUGAGAACAGGAAGAGGAAUAGCGUGAGCAGAGGAAUGAAUGUCACGCCCGUCACGGUGGUGGGCAUCCACGUGCGUCACGGAGACAUCACCAUCAACCGGCAGCAGAUCCAGAUGGGCUACCAGACGCCCCCUGUCGAGUACUACGUCCGCGCCAUGCUGUACUUCCGCCGGCGCUAUGGCCACGUGUUCUACGUCAUCACCACGGACAGCCGCAAGUACGUCAUGAACUACCUGCUGCCUGCCUGCUUCCGGAUCGGCGCGCGCUGCCACCUGACCAAGAACAACGUCUUUGUGGACCUGGCUAUUCUGGCCAGCUGCGAUCACGUGAUCAUGUCUGUGGGCACAUUUGGUUGGUGGGCCGCCUGGCUGGCCGGAGGGGAAGUGGUUUACUAUAAAUAUCCUGCUCGUGAAGGGAGUGUUUUGCGGAAGUACAUGAACUAUUCCGAUUUUUACCCCGAUCGUUGGAUUGCAAUGGAGUAAAACAUUGUGAUUAGAAGAAAUCAGUAACUGACUUUUGUUUGUUUGUUGUUUGAUGCUUUGCUGUUUGAUCGUAUCUAUAUUUGUUUCUUUAUGUUGUAUAUAUUACGAUUACAAACCUGCUCGACAUAGUCUUAUACUCCAUUGUUACACCCAGAGCGUACACCAUCGUUCUAGUGGGUUCCACUUUGUCUAGUCCCACAUCCCACAGGUUUUCUGCUCGGAGUCUAAUGUUCUAAUGGUUGGAUAUCCUCUUUUCUGAUUCCUAUACGGGUUUCACUCUACAGCAUAGUGUGAAAGACAGGUUUACCCUAUUCCAUCUUAUUUAUAACCUUCCAUGGACAUUCAAGACAUUUUCUGUUUCACGACAUGAAAUUGAACUUCGUGCUGUAUUUUACAUAAAAAUCACAUUUGU